GGGAGUUUGUUUUUUUUUAAUUAAAAAAUGAAGUAUGGAAAAAAAAAAAGAAAACGAGAUAAUGCUAAAAGAGUCUGGGUCCUAAUUUGCUCACUAAAAAAAUUGGAAUUUCUAAAAGGAACAGAGGAGCCGAACUUCAGACCUUCCACUCCAAAUUUGGUCUCUCUCAAAAAAGCCCCAAAAUAAAAAAGAACAGUAGUUAGUUAACAUAAGUGCUAGAACCAACUAGCGGAUCGAGAGUAAGCGCAGCAGAAUUUGCCAAAAUUCGAACUUGGUUUGCCGACGUGGCAUUUAUCCUCCGUCUUAACCUUUUUAUCGGAUUUAUAUUUCUCUCUUAACAAGACACACAGCCGGGUCGCAUCCCAUCUUUUUCAGAUUAGGGUUUUUUUUCGUUCAUCCAUCAUCCUUCUGGUUUUUUGUGGGGGGAAAGAGAGGGGAGAUUAUGGAUGAGAACGCUGGCGGCGGUGGCUACGGAGGAGAUCCGGGCGACCAGUUUCACAGGAACGAAGCGAUCUCGGCGGUCACUGACGAUGCUUUUCUAGCCGAAGAGGAGGACGAUGACUUUGAUGAUCUUUACAAUGAUGUUAAUGUCGGGGAGCAUUUUCAUCAUCAGUCUAAUACUAGGCAAAAUCAAGAUUUUGGGGUUCGCAAGGAGGAGGCACUGAUACCUCCACAACCUACUCCGCCAGCUCCUCCUGCGCCUCAAACUCAGGGGAUGAUGGAUGCUGGUGGUGGCGGUGGCGGUGGCGGAGACAGGAAGUUUGAUGAGGGAGGAGGAGCUGGUGGUGCUAGGCCUCUUCCUCCUUCUGGUUAUCAGCAGCAGCAGAAUAUAGGUUUUAGAGGUCCAGGUGGUGGUGGGGGAGGACUGAGAGUUGAGUUAGGGCCCCCACCUUCAGGCAAUAAGGGUGCUACUGGUGGUUUUGAAGGAGGGCAGAUUGUUAACAAUAACAGUGGUGCUCCUAAUCAAGUGGCUGCUCACCAGCAACAGCCUCCGCAGCCAUUACCUCCUGCUGGUGGUGGUGGUGGUGGCUCUGCUGGACCUGGUGGCGGAAACAUGGGAAAUGUAGGAAACGCAGGGGCAGCUGAGGGUGGUAUGGUCAAGCAGGGAGGUGGUGGGAAUAUGAAUGGAACUGUUGGCGGUAAUAGUUAUGGAAACAUGGGUGGCGGUGGGGCUGUUGGUGGGGGUGGACAAGGCACAAUUCUUUUUGUGGGUGAUUUGCAUUGGUGGACUACGGAUGAAGAGCUUGAGAUGGAAGCUAGCAAGUAUGGGCCUGUAAAAGAGGUUAAAUUCUAUGAUGAGAAGGCUAGUGGGAAAUCAAAAGGAUAUUGCCAGGUCGAGUUUUAUGAUGCUGCGGCCGCAACUGCAUGCAAGGAAGGGAUGAAUGGUCAUCUCUUUAAUGGUAGACCAUGUGUGGUUGCUUUUGCAUCACCCUACACCGUCAAGAGAAUGGGUGAGGCUCAGGUUAGUAGGAAUCAGCAAAUGUCUGCUCAAACAACAGUUAAUCAGGGUAGGAGAGGGACUGGAGGAGAAGUGCCAGGUAAACCGACUGGGAACAACAUUGCAACAGGCGGUAACUACCAAGGUGGUGAGAAUAAUAGAGGUUUUGGCAGAGGUAAUUGGGGCAGAGGUAACGCUGGAGGGAUGGGUGGUAGGGGAGGCCCUAUGGGUGGUCCAAUGAGAGGUGGUAGGGGUGGAAUGGGUGGCCGCGGGAUGAUGGGGAAUGGUGGAAAUGGUUUUGGUCCAGGAAUGGGUGGCGCACCUGGUCCUCUACUGCAUCCUCAAAUGAUGGGUCAGGGAUUUGAUCCUGCUUUUGGAGGUGGGCCUAUGGGAAGAAUGGCAAAUUACGGGGGAUUCCCUGGAGGUCCUGCCCAACCAUUUUCUGGGCUUUUGCCAUCAUUUCCACCUGUUGCAAAUGUUGGUUUGUCUGGUGUGGCUCCACAUGUCAAUCCAGCAUUCUUCGGGAGAGGAAUGCCUUUGAAUGGUAUGGGAAUGAUGCCUCCUGGUGGUGGUGUUGAUGGACCUAAUAUGGGAAUGUGGGGUGAUCCUAAUAUGGGAGGUGGAUGGGGCGGUGAAGAGCAUGGUGGCGGAAGAGGUGGGGAGUCUAGCUAUGGAGAAGAUGCCGUUUCGGACCAUCAGUAUGGAGAAAGCCAUGAUAGAGUAGGGGCUUGGCCCAACUCUAGUAAGGAGAAGGAUAGAGGUGGUUCAGAAAGAGCCUGGUCUGAAUCUUCAGAGAGGAGAUAUCGAGAAGAGAGAGAACCAGGGUAUGAUAGGGAAAAGGAUGCCAGUCAUGAAACUGAUUGGUCGGAAAGGAGGCAGCGUGAUGAAAGAGAUGUAGGCCGAGGGGAGAGAGACAGGGAGAGGGAGAGGGACCGCGAACGCUCACGAGACCGUGAACGUUCGCGGGAUAGGGAUCACCGUGAUAGGGACCGUGAACGGGAUCGCCAUAGGGAUGACAGAGAUAGAUAUGCAGAUCAUCAUAGGUAUAGGGAGCGUGAGUCAGGAUAUGAUGAAGAAUGGGAAAGAGGUAGGUCAUCUAGAACUCAUAGCAGUAAGUCGCGAGUUUCACACGAUGAAGAGCAAAGAUCGAGGUCAAGGGAUGCUGAAUAUGGGAAGAGGCGCCGCUUAACCUCCGAAUAAUGUUAGAUUAUAGUUGUAUUGCUUGCUCUCACAAUAUAUCACCUGAAGUUAAGUUUUGCGCCGCUGAGACUGGUCUUAAGAUAUCUUUUGGGUACCUGGCUUCACCACUGAGUGGCACUCCUCUAUUUGUUUUGACAAUACAGAUGAUGCAAACUUGUUAUUGCUCCUUGUCGAGGAGUGUUGGCUUCUCUGUAUGUUAAAAGAAGUAAGUGUUUUGGGCACCUUCUCCCUUCUUGUAGCAGAAAGCGAUUAGUUUAUUUUUUCUGAAGGUGUUAAUUUAUGAGCAAUGUUAUGAUAGAAUUCAUGCAGUAUUAUGGUUCUUUGACUGACCCAAGACAUGUGAGACCCAAAUGUGUUUAAUUCAACUCUUUUACAAACGGUGUUUUGGCAGGUUAUGCUAGGAAAACAUCCAUUAGAAUGUUGUAAUCGGAGGCGUUUUAGCCUCCUCGGUUUUAAUUAUAAAAUAGACAUUUUAGACCACUUAUUUUUUGGGUAAACGAAUUGUGAUUUACACUAUUUUAUUUUUAACAUAUUUUUGGGUAUACAAACGGUGAUUUGCACUAUUUCAUUUUUAUUUUAUUUUUUCUCAGAACACCGUUAUUUCUUUUGGCUUAAAACUUCUCUGUAUAUUAUUCUUUCAUGGUGUUGGGGCUCUAUUUACAUCGCAAUCAUUUGCACACUUAUCUAUCAUAAAUGUGUUAACCUUGGAAAUGCAAUGCUUACUUGAAAAGUUGUACUGAAGCAAAUUGUGCUUUCUUGAGUUUGGCAUCAUUAUAAUGAGAAUCCAACUUGAUGAUACGGCCUGACAUCUCCAUUUGAUAAUUUUUGAAGGGUACCAAGUAAGAAUGAAGGAAGCUUUUCAGCUGAAGCCUUGAAGUCCUGCAGAUUUGUUGACCUUUUGGGGUUUCUAGUUAUUGUGAGAGUUGGUUGAUACAAGCAUUGCUUCUCUUAGUUCCUGUCACUCGUGGCUAGUGAACAUUCCGUCUAAGUAGUUGCCUUAUUAUUUUGAACUAUGUUUUAGCUAAUUGUAUAACGGGAUAUAUAGCCAGGAGAGUUGUGGAUGUUAAAUGUUGCUAGCUUGAGUAGUGCCGAAGUGAGAUGUUAUUGAUAAACUUAGAAUGUUUUUAUCAUUUAUGAAUGUGAUGUAUGUCCUGGGAUUCAAAAGCAUCACGGAGGAUUCGGCCAAUCUUCUUCCCUCACAUUUUUGUACUUGUAUCUUUUUGCUGUAUUAUUAUCACCCCAAUCCCUAUCUUUUUGUUGGGUUUGCUGUGUUGAUACACCUUUUGUAUUAUCUUGUUGUAGAUUAUGGCCAUACUUUGUGUAGGAUAUGUAGAUUCCCCUUGUGUAGGAUAUGUAGAUUCUAACCAUUGUAGUAAUGCUGUUGUUGCGGGAAAUUGUAUAGUUCACUUGGUGCUGUGCUUCUGUCUAGUUAGUUCACUACAAGAUGUAAACUUGCAGAAUUUUUUUUCAUGAUGCUUUUUUAAUAAACAGAUUUUGUUGCAACUUUUGAACAGCUUUUGAUUAGGGUUACAAGUCUGAUAUUUCUUGCCUUUGUGGUGUUGGCAUUUUAUCAAAUGGCCAAUGCUGGGGUGUCUAACAAAUUAAGCUGUGUGCAUUACACCUUAGGAACUUCUGGUGAAGUCAAUUCAGGAACUUUUAUUAGGAACCUAUUGCUCAUCAUCUUCAUCACUAAUACCCC